CAAUCAUUGGUACUUUAACCUUUUAACUUCAAUUUUUUUUUUACUAUUUAUUUUACUUGUUGGGGGCAGCUAUUUGUGGUUUUAGCGUUGUUGUUUUAUUUUUUUAUUUUGUUUUAAAUGCACUGUAGCACUUUGAGGUUGUUAUUAUUAUUAUUAUUAUUAUUAUUAUUAUUGAGUCCCCCUAUCCUGCAGGGGGCAGCAUUGUAGUGUCGACAUAUGGCGGGAGAGAGAGAGAGAGAGAUGGUAACUUCCGACCACACCACGUCAUCUUUAGCGCGUUAAAAUGGCGGACGAUGACAUUGACUACAAUAUCGUGUUUCCGGAUGCGGAAACGUCAGAGGCACACUGGCGGGGAAGGAAGGAGCCAGUGGUGAUAUUGUUGGGCUGGGCAGGCUGCAGAGACAAACACCUCAGCAAGUACAGCAACAUCUACAAUAAACAGGGAUGUGUCACCAUCCGCUACACGGCUCCUCUCAAGACCGUCUUCAUCUCGGAGUCGUUCGGCUACAAAGAACUUAAAAAUUCCGCCCUCAAAUUGCUGGAGAUGCUCUAUGACUACGAGGUGGAACACUGUCCUAUUUUCUUUCACGUGUUUAGUAACGGCGGCUUCAUGCUGUACAGAUAUAUUCAAGAGCUAUUACACAAGGAACAACAAUUUAGCUCGCUGAGUGUCGCCGGGGCCAUUGUGGACAGCGCCCCCGGGAGUGCCAACGUCCCGGGGGCCGUGCGGGCGCUGACCGCCACACUGGGGCCCAAAGUAAGUCCUGUUUUGAAGUACCUCCUGCUGGCGCUCUUCGCGGCGACUGUUUUCCUCUUGCGAGUGGUGUUAUACCCGCUGACCAAGUACGUGCACAAGAACCACUACGACGCCGUGCGAGAGCGGCCGCCCGCCUGGCCCCAUUUCUUCCUGUACUCCGGCGCCGAUCAGGUGAUCAGGCCGAGCGACGUCCGGCUCUUUGCGGACGCGCUCCGUUUGAAAGGGGUUCCGGUGGACUUGUACGAUUUUGUCUCCAGCGCGCAUGUGAGUCACCUUCGGGAGUUCCCGGAGCGUUACAUGUGCAAAUGUCGCGACUUCCUCACCGCUUGCAUGGAAGACGGAGAUGAGACGCAUGUCGGGAGAAGACGCAGACUUCAGGAUCAGUAAAUGCGCUGUAAAGAUUGUCUUCAAUAAGACAGAAAUAGAGUCUUAGGAUCAUGUUUUUUCGGUUAUUCAGCCGUAAAAUUACUUUGUUUUUGUUGUAGUCGUUUUCACGUCCACUGAAGUGCUUUUAGGACACAAACCAGGUAGUGGCUGCACACUGGAUAAAUGUGACUUAGGGUAAUAAAAAGGCUUUUAAUAUGAAUGCAUCGUUGGUACAGUAGAUACUUGUGAUUUUCUCAGAAGAAUUCUUACACGGCGUCACCCUGAGACAGAGACUAGUGCGUCCUAAAGACCGGACACCCCACACCCACAAAAACAACCUGGUGUAUGAUAUCCAGUGUAAUGAUGAAUGCACUGAUUCGAAACAAAACAACCACUGAGCCGAUAAAAAAAAAAAAUUCAGUCUAAGCCUGGGCCCCUGGAGAGGGGGUCCAGACUGAGGCCAAGGAAAAAAAACAACCCUUAAAGCAAUAGCACACGUACGAGGGAAACAUCAAAGGACAUUAAAAAGAAGACCUGAUGGAACCAGCCACUUCUACACACAGCCACAAAAGUAAAACAACACAGAAACAUAUACACUGUGGUGGCCUCUGUGGUGUUCCACGCUAUAGUCUGCUGGGGUGGGGGGAGCAUGGCCAGAGACAGGAGCAGACCCAACAAAGCAACCAAGAGAGCCGACUCCACCCUCGGCCGCCCACCAACUCUCGGCCAGUGUCCAGUCCGCAUGGAUGAGCGAGGAUACGCCCAAAGAGACCGAUGUGUCCGAUACCUGCUCAUUCAGCUUGUCCGUCCCGAUGCUCUGCGUCUCUUCAUCUGCAUCUCCUCCAGUCUCUCCAAACGGACUCUGGUGUGGCAGAGACCCAGCAGCUGGUCUCCAUGGCCAAAAGGCUCCCGGGAGGCAGAUCCAGAAGUUCACAAAAAAAGCAACGGAGAAAGGUGCUUUUCAAGGGCAAACAUGUCCCAGAUUCUGGACAGGGAGGACGGAUGGUACGAAAGAGGUGUGAGGGAAGCCAUCCCUGAACAGAAGAGGUGGUCUGCUACACCACCUGUCUGCCACAUACAACACUGUCCUUUCAACCAUUCCUAAAAGACUCUGCAAUUUAGCCUCCCAACAAAUUACAAGAGUUAGAAACAUUCUGCUGACAACAUUCUGUGCCAUUUGUUUACCACUGAAUGAUUGCGACUAUUUUGGACUGAUAGUGGUCGAUCCACACAAUACCUCAUUGCUAACAAGUGGAAUAUUCACUGCGACUGCCGUUGGCACUGACAGUGGGAUUGCUUGUUUGCAUUAAAACAGUUGUCUUUCUCACUACGAUAUGGCGAAACCAUCCUUGCCCAGACCCACCCUCCUGGUGUUGGUGUAUAAAUACUUGGGGUUUUGGCACCAGCUACUAUAGACUAGAUCUGACCGAUCUAAGACGAGAUCUAACCGAUCUAAGUCUAAGACGAAAUGUGACCAAUCUAAAACGAGAUGUGACCAAUCUAAGUCGAAGACGAGAUAUGACCAAUCUAAGUCGAAGACGAGAUGUGACCAAUCUAAGUCGAAGACGAGAUGUGACCAAUCUAAGUCGAAGACGAGAUGUGACCAAUCUAAGUCGAAGACGAGAUGUGACCAAUCUAAGUCGAAGACGAGAUGUGACCAAUCUAAGUCGAAGACGAGAUGUGACCAAUCUAAGACGAGAUGUGACCAGUCUAAGACGAGAUGUGACCAAUCUAAGUCUAAGACGAUAUGUGACCAAUCUAAGUCGAAGACGAGAUGUGACCAAUCUAAGUCGAAGACGAAAUGUGACCAAUCUAAGUCGAAGACGAGAUGUGACCAAUCUAAGUCGAAGACGAGAUGUUACCAAUCUAAGUCGAAGACGAGAUGUGACCAAUCUAAUUCUAAGACGAGAUGUGACCAAUCUAAGUCUAAGAGUAGAUGUGACCAAUCUAAAUCUAAGACUAGAUGUGACCAGUCUAAGACGAGAUGGGACCAAUCUAAGUCUAAGACUAGAUGUGACCAAUCUAAGUCUAACACGAUAUGUGACCAAUCUAAGUCGAAGACGAGAUGUGACCAAUCUAAGUCUAAGACGAGAUGUGACCAAUGUAAGUCUAAGAUGACAUGUGACCAGUCUAAGACUAGAUGUGACCAAUCUAAGUUUAAGAUGAGAUGUGACCAAUCUAAGUCUAAGACUAGAUGUGAACAGUCCAGUUGCGAUCGAUUGAACGUUCUGAGAAUUCAAUGACCUCCAUCCAUCCAUCCAUUUUCUACCGCUUAUUCCCUUCGGGGUCACAGGGGGCGCUGGAGCCUAUCUCAGCUACAAUCGGGCGGAAGGCGUGGUACACCCUGGACAAGUUGCCACCUCAUUGCAGGGCAAUUCAAUGACCUGAUGACUGAAAAGAUGUUCAGACGUUAUUGUUCAAUGUGCUCAAAAAAGUACCAAUGCACACUCAUGACUAAGUUUAACAAAAAUAAUGAAUACAAUAAAUAAAUAGCCACACAAUGUAAUUUCUUGGCAGACUAAAUGUUAUUUAAUAAUAUUGUUCUGGUUAAUUAAAAGCCAUAUAACUUGAUUUCAGUACUUAAAUAUCUUUAUUUUCUACUGUUGUCACACAAAUUCACUUCCUGUUUUCAUAUUGCUUGGAGUAUCAAUAUCUAAGAGAGCACAUCCUGUAGGUUUAAUGUGGGGUAGUUUGCUUCUCCAGGUAAUGAGCAGUGGCACCGGUCAGUGACUUUGUCAACGUCUUAUCAGUCAUGGUUUUACCAUUGGUACCAUUGGUCGUUACAUCCCUAGCGAGGCUCUGUCGCUGCCGGAAUCUAAUCUCUCAGAGACAAACAAACCUCUUGCACCAUGUUUGGAAGCAAGAAACAAAGAAAGCAAACAUGACACUUUAUUAAUGCCGGCAAAAUGAUUGCGUUCCUUUAUCGUCCCAUUAAUUAACUUAUUGAGUCUUGGUCCAGGCCUACUUGUAGCAUUGUUAACCUCCUUUAGGUUUAGGUUUUCCUUUAGGUUUAGGUUUUACGCAUGUACGAAAGCUUUUUUUGUCAUUGUAGUCAAAACAUGACCAAGUCACCGUCAAUGCUCAUCCGAAAAGCUAAUCAUAACAGACUUUAGACCAAUUGAAAUGAUUUAGGAUGCUUUUGUUUUCAAAUUGUAGUCACCCGUUAAAUAGGAAACAUGUUUGAUUUCAUGAGCAAUGCUUGUUCUUUCAGAAGUUGUAGAAUAGUCAGAGGAAACUGGUAAUAAACAAUGAAUGUACUUGCUCCUCACAAAUGUUGUGUUCUCUCUAACUAGCAACGUGAGAAUUCUAUACAGUAUUUUGUUCACUUGUGCUUUCUAUCGUUUUCCAAACGGUCUGUGCAAAUUUGUACACUGUUUUCAUCAAUGAAACCAUUGCUGCACAUUAAAAUGGAUUCUGUUAGUGUUAAGAAUGUACUGUACAUUUUAUUUUCAACACAGGUAAUUGUUAAUGAUAGAAACUAUGGUGCAACAUAAGAAUCAGUAAUACUUUAAUAAUCCCAGAGGGGAAAUUAAGAUUUUCAGCACAAUCCCUGGAGAGGGGGUCCAGACUGAGGCCAAGGGAAAAAAACCCCUCAUGGCCAUAAACAUGUGUGUAAGAGGAAAACAUCAAAGGACAUUAAAAGAGCAGCGCUGAUGUAACCAGCCCCUUCUACACAGCCACAAAAGUAAAACAACAACAAAAACAAACAUAUACACUGUGGUGGCCUCUGCGGUGUUUCACGCCAUCGUCUGCUGGGGUGCGGGGAGCAUGACCAGAGACGGGAGCAGACCCAACAAAGCAUCCAAGAGAGCCGACUCCACCCUCGGCCGCCCACCAACUCUCGGCCGGUGUCCAGUCCGCAUGAAUGAGCAAGGAUGCGUCCAAGGAGCCCGAGGCGUCCGAUACCUAAACAGUCAGCCAAGACACUGUGAAACUUGUCUUCAUCCGCAACUCCUCCAGUCUCUCCAAACGGACUCUGGUGUGGCAGAGACCCAACAGCUGGUCUCCAGUGCCAAAAGGCUCUCGGGAGGCAGAUCCAGAAGUUCACAAAAAAGCACAGCAGAAGUCACGAAAGUGCCACCCCUUGUCACACAGUCCCUAAGGGUCCCGAACCAAAAGGCAAAAAAAACCCCACAGUAAAACAAGAGGGAAACAUCAGGAACACAAAAGGAUGACACAAGAACAUAAAGUAUUCCAGCCUCUGGGGAGUGUCCGUAUCCUGUCUCGUCAACCGCAUCUCCUCCAGUCUCUCCAAACGGACUCUGGUUUGAUUGAUUGAUUGAGACUUUUAUUAGUAGGUUGCACAGUGAAGUACAUAUUCCGUACAAUUGACCACUAAAUGGUAACACCCGAAUACGUUUUUCAACUUGUUUAAGUCGGGGUCCAGGUGUAGCCGAGGUGUAGCAGAGACCCAGCAGCUGGUCUAUGGCCAAAAGGCUCCCGGGAGGCAGAUCCAGAAGUUGACAAAAAAGCAGAGCAGAAGUCACGAAAGUGCCACCCCUUGUCACACAGUCCCAAAGGGUCCCGAACCAAAAGGCAAAGAAAAACACAUGGAAACGAGGGAAACACCAGGAACACAAAAUGAUGACACAAGAGCAUAAAGGAUUCCGGCCUCUGGGGAGUGUCCGUAUGCUGUAUACCCCAAAUAAUCUCCUUUUAUCAUGGAUGUCGCCGACCUCUUGCCCUAUGCCAGCUGGGAUAGGCUUUUUCGAAUCGUUUAAAAAAAAAAUCAUCAUGCUUCGGUUGAUGAAUAAACAAAGAACUAUUUGAAGAAGACUCUGCCAUUGACGUCUGUUUUCUCUAACGUUAGCGAGCGUGGCUAGCCGGGUCACGAUACAAACUAACGUGUGAUAUGUUGUAUAACUUACGCAGACUCUAAUUACACCUGAAAAUGUAUUAAACCUUGGAGAUCCUGGAUUAAUUACCCAACAUCAAACCUUUUGAAAAGGCAUGCCAUAGGAGUAAUCGGACACGGUGUCGAUCCAGAUAACUUUGGGUUGCUACCGUUCGUAACGGUCUAUACGAAGUAACAUAGAUCAAUCGAUCAGUCAAUCAAAGUUGACUUUUAUAGCCCUUAAUCACAAAUGUCUCAAAGGGCUGCACAAGCCACAACGACAUCCUCAGCUAAGAUCCCACAUCAGGACAAGAAAAAACUCAACCUUAUGGGAAUAAGGAGAAACCUUGGAAGGGACCGCAGAUGUGGGCGGACACACCCCAGUGACCGGUGCAAUGGAUGCCGAGUAGAUACGGUUAAUAACGUGAGAGUCCAGUGCAUAGUGGGGCCAGUCCAGUCCAUAGUGGGGCCAGUAGGGGAUCCUCUUCCAUGUAGACAAGUCGGGGCGCAGAGACGUCACCGACUGAUGCAUAAGGAGUGAUCCAUCCCAGGCCCCGACUUCAUGGGAAAGUCCAGUCCAUUGGGAGGCCAGCAGGGGAUCAUCUUGAGUGGAGACAAGUCAGCAGCGCAGAGACGUCACCAACUGAUGCAAAGAGGAGUGGUCCAACCCGAGUCCCGACUUGGAACAGCUGGCGCCUCAUCUGCAGUCACCCGAUAACCUCUUCACGCUGGAGAGUAGUGUUUCUUUUCCACAGAAAUGUCCCGUAAAUUCCGGGUUCAUGGAUUUUUCUUUGCAAAUACACAGAAAACGUGUUAUUGUUUGUGCUACGGCGCCAUCUUUUGGAUGAGUUUGCCCACUGCAGGUGCUGCAGUGUCCUUCCAUUUGUUGGUAGUGCUUUUUUUUCUUUCUCCAUCCAGAGUGCCGUUCAGUUUUCUAGCCGUCCAUAGCGUUCCCACUCGUAUGGAUAGUUCAAUCAUCAUUCCAAGCAACGUUGGUAAGUUUUACAAUAUAACUAAAACAAUUCUUACUUACUAAACCGUCCCAUGUGUGAUGUCUGUAGGAGUGUUUUCAUGCACCUUUGUACGUUGUAUUAUCAUGUAAUGACGCCAGCGUCGUUAGCGAAAUCUAAUAUGCUAACACAUUUACAAG